AUGCCUCCCAAGCGCGCUUCUACUCGGCGUGCAGGAGCUGUGACUCGGACCUCUGAACGUGGGACUCCUUCGUACAUCCCUAACAUGUCAAGUCCAGAUGCGAGGAAUCCUGCCUUGCCUGAUAUACCGACCAAGCAAUCAUUCGCCUAUGGUUCAUCAACAACACCAAUUCUUCCCCGUGAGCUUUCGGCGAAGCCGAGGAUGAAUCUGGCUGAAAUGGCCACCAAUAUUGAUGAAGGCCGCAGAGUCGCCCAAGAUCGAGACUUUGAUAGACCGCACAUGAACACACGUUCGCGAAGACAAUCUAUUUCUGCAAGCUUAUCCCCUGUUCGGCGAAGUCGGCGUGAGCCAACUCCAGAUCAGCUGCAGCUGCUCGAUUCGUUACGCGAAGCCACUAUGUCCCCUAAUCCUAAUGGUCAAGACCAUGCAGAGCAAUCUACUCCGACUCCUACUCCUCCUAUUCCACAUACUCUGUCCACAGCAUCCAGUCCGGCUACCGAAUCUCUUACGAACCCCAAAUACCCUGUCUUGACUACUGACCAACUUUACCCGUCUCCACUUCUGCGAUAUGGGUCACCUGCCCGUAAUGCAAUCUCAUUGAGCUCACCCAACUUUGCAACCUCUAUCGACAAUGAAUCAGUCGUCUCAUGGAACGUAGAACGUGAUAUCCAUGAAGAUGACCUGCAACGGACACGUCCGAAUGGGUAUCUUGAUGGACCGCAUGGAAAGAACAUUACAGCCCCUCCCCGCCGGUUUUCAGGCUUCGCAUUUGCCCAAGAGCCUAUUGAGGAACUCGACGAACCGACUACCCAGCUCUCUAUAACUAAAUCACGUUCUCCUGAGGCUGUCGCAGCCGAUAUUCAGCCUAAACCUGAACCGCUGUCAGAGCCUGAAAUGGUGCCGUCGCCCGAGUCCACGCCUUCGCCUGAACCAGAACCAGAGCCUGAGAGGGAGCCUGAACCUGAACCUGAGCGCGAGCCUGAGCGCCAGCCCACGCCCCCUCGUGCUCCCGCUCUAGCGCCCAGAACCGCAUCAAAACCUGAGCUUUCUUCAGCUCCCACUAGGACGAUCAUUCCCAGCAAUCCUAUCCGGGAGGCUUCAUUCGACGAGAGCACGCACGAGAGCACGUCCCCGUUACGAGAACGUGUCAAGAGCAAUGUGCGCUCAGUGGGAAAUGCAGCAGUUGGUUUACAGAAAGGCUUGCCUAUCAAACCGGUCUCUCUGGUGGUACUAGCAGUAGUAUCUAUUCUCACAGCAUGCUUUUUUGGCGACCAAAUCUCCAGCAUUUCUUCCAGUAUCGGCUCGCGUCUUCCGUUAUACGGAAGCCCCUUUCGUGAUUUGAACGCAACUGCAUUACAAGCAGUCCAUGGUCUUUCUAACCAAGUGGUCCGCCUUGGAGAGGAAGUGUCCUCGCUUUCUAAGGAGGUUGAUGUCAUUAAAUCCGAGGUUGAACAUAUACCUGCCCCUUCCACUAUUGUUCAACCAAUACCAGCUCAGGAGACUCCGAAAACCAAUUUUCUAUCUAUAGGCAUGGGCGUUCUUGUCGACCCGUACAACACUAGCCCCACAUCUGGGCGGUCUGCGGGUUUCCUGCAGAAACUCCACUCUCGAUUUUUGCCCUCAAGCUCGCAGCAACAGCCGGAGCCUCCGCUUGCAGCUUUGACACCUUGGCAGGACGUGGGAGAAUGUUGGUGUAGCAAGCCUCGCUCUGGGAUGUCUCAGCUUGCACUGCACUUGGGACGUGAAAUCGUACCAGAGGAGGUGGUUAUAGAACACAUACCGAAGGGGGCAAGCAUUAGGCCAGAAGUUGCACCUCGGGAUAUGGAGCUAUGGGCUCAAUUCCAGAUCGUCGAUGAAUCAAACCCUGACUCGCCUCCUUCUCCCAAUCCCUCGCGCACCUCCGGGAUAUUGUCUGAAGAGCUUUCUCUGCACAACCACAUCAUAGAUACCCUGCGGUUGGCAUACAAAGAUGAACCCGAGGGUGCAUACUCGAACGACGAACUCCUGGGACCUUCGUUCUAUCGCGUCGGACAGUGGACUUACGAUCUCCAUGCCUCGAACCAUAUCCAGAAGUUUGAGUUAGAUGCUAUCAUUGAUGUUCCAGCGAUCCGGGUAAACAAAGUGGCCUUCCGGGUCAAGUCGAACUGGGGUGGAAACGAUACAUGUCUGUAUCGGUUGAAACUAUAUGGCCACAUAUAG